UUGUUUAAAGAUAUUGUAAUUAUGCAACUAAAGUUAAUAACCGGAUAAAAGAGUCACGUUAAAUUGGAUUGGCAUGGAUCGAUGCCAAGUGCUUCAGUAUAAAAACCGCAACUCUGCUGAAAGUCGUCUUACUUGGUGCUGAACAGCACUGAGGCGAAGCCAGGGAUGUGUCCGACUGCUAUCAAACAAUCAUGUGCAACAAUUCCGUACGAUUGAAGACAUAACGAAGAUAGGAGUCGAGCGAUCAGAGUAACUUCCCUCUAAUCAUUCAAGCGGUGUAAAAUUAAUUAAACAUGUCGAAAAUAUAUCAAGUACUUCUCACAUUUUACACGAUUCUUUUUUCUCCGUUAAUUGUUUUACUGUUAGCGUGUUCGUAUUUGUACCGUCGCAUAGUUAAUGUCAUUUUAAGGAUACAAUUGAAGGAGAAAUUCGCGGGUUUCCUCAAUGGAACUGACUGCGUUUGGGCCAUAGAGGAACCAUCAGCUCUUUCUGUGAACAACAUACUUCUAAUCAUAGAGAAGGAUGCUCGACAUUCGAAUUUAAACUUCUUGGAAAGCUUUCGACAGAUGGCUAAGACUCGCAUACUGAGCUCCCCUUUGGAGAAGCUGUUCUGCAGAAGAAAACAGAAAUACGGUUAUUACUAUUGGGAGAGGUGCGAUGAAAUCGAUCUGAAGAAACGAGUCAGAUGGUUGGAAUAUGAACGGACGAGCUGCGAUGGAUCCUGCGAUAAUAUUUACAGCGGCCAUCUGAAAAGAGUUCUGUGGAAUGUCUGCAAUCAACCUCUACCAGAGAACCAUACUGCUUCAUGGGAGAUCUUGAUCGGUAAAUGUUGUCCCAGGUCCAGUUACCAUUAUCUCCGACGAAUGGAGGAACGAAUAACGAGCAAGAUCAAAAUUCCCGUAUUAUUCCGGGUCCAUCACUCCUUGGGCGAUGGAAUGUCUCUGUUGAAAUUGUUCCGGGAAGCCAUCAUCGACAAAGAACCGAUUCAAGAAACCUAUUUGCAAUUAGAGAGCGCCAGUUUCAUGCCAAUGAGCGAUGAAACGAAGAAGCCUAAUAUAACAACGAUUCCUUUGAAAGCCUACUUGAACGGAGACAAAAGUUUGCAGUGUUCCUUUCAGAAAGAUAUCGUCUCCGCAUCUAUGCCGUUCAUUCAUUUCGGAGUAGCCUGGCAGUUUGUUAAAUCUUCGAGGGAGCGAAUGGACGUUGCAGUAAAACGUUUUCAAAACAUCACUGUAGAGGAUUUGAAACGAGAAACGAAGGCAUUUGUGAAAAAACAUGUUGAUAAUUUGAGAGUUCUUUUCCUGAAGGUUGUUUGCAAGAAGGUGAAGAAAUGUUUAAGAAUGACAAGGAUCAUUAUUGAUGCUCCUGCUUGUUUGAUUCAACAAGCUUUCCGCAGCAUGGACAAGAGCGCGCUUCAUGGAGCACAAUUGUCGGGUGAAAAAUUGGUCUCCUACUGGCUGGAAGACGAUUUCAAGAACACCGUCGAUCAGAAAUUGUUCACGAAGAUUCAGAACAUCAAAAUUAUAACAGGCGCCAGAUUUGGAGACGUGAUACUGGCAGCUUUAUCCGUCAGCUUACACAAAUACUUUCUUCGUAUGAACGAACCGAUGCCGAGUAAAAUAAGCGUCGUUCUUCCGAUGAAGAUAGAAGAGUGGAGCGAAAAUCUUCCGCUGCAAAAUAAUUUCUCGGUCGGUGUGUUGCCUCUCUGCGUUUCACAGAUAAAUGGCGAACAGCUUCCGGAUCCGGCUGAAAAUUCUCAGAUCCUGGAACGUCUGGAGGAUAUUAAAAAGGCGAACGACGAGCUGAGAAACAGUCUCGAUUACACGGUCAAUUUUUUGGUGAUGAAGUACCUUUCUGCUUUAUUGCCAGAUAAAUUUUUGCGACCGAUCCUGAAGAGCCACAGUACUAUGGUGUUUAGCAAUUUAGUUGGUCCAAGGGAAGUGAAGCUUUUAGGGCAUUCUUUAAAGAAUAUCGUCUUCUGGAUACCGAAUAGGAGCUUUACAGGAAUUGGAUUUUCAUUGUUAACUUAUCGAGGCUAUUUGCAUCUGUCUUUGAUCGCCGAUAAGGUAUUGAUACAGAACGAGAAAGCACUUACGAGAAUAUUGGAAAAUACUGUCAGCGAGAUUGAUAAUCUUUAUGAUAGAUUAACUUUGUCAUUCUUCUCGAAGAAACUCCAUAGAAGCAUGUCAACACCCAUGAAAAAGGGGGUCGGUGUGUUGUAAAAUUGUGGAGGAAUCAUGUGUGAAAUCAUGUACAUUUUCAAAUUUAAUUAUUAUUUUCUUUUGUAAAAAAGAUUUGUCACUGAAAAAUGUAAUAUUUUUUUGUAAA